CCACUCUUGUUGCCCCCACCCCCCAUAAGGCAUUAAAAGCAAUGCAGGACAUGAGCUUGGCCAGCCCAGCUGUGCCAUCCCAACCCGUAUCCCGCAAAGCCAAGAGCAUCCCUGUGCAGACCUUUGAGGUCAAGCUGGACGUCACAUUGGGGGAUUUAACCAAAAUCGGGAAGUCUCAGAAAUACACAUUGAGCGUGGACGUGGAGGGGGGCAAGUUGGUGGUGAUGAAGAAGCAAAGGGAUGCUCAGGAAGACUGGAAUACCUUCACCUAUGAUAAGAUCCGGCAGCUGAUUAAAUCCCAGCGGGUUCAGAACAAACUGGGCAUCGUCUUUGAGAAGGAGAAGGAUCGGAGCCAGCGGAAAGACUUCGUGUUCGUCAGCGCAAGG